AUGGAUCUUCUGGGUGAUGGAACAUUCACAGUUGACCAGGUCAAAUUCAAGAACAGAGAAAAGUCUCAAGUUGUGAAUUUUCCGGGAUGGGGUAAUUCAGACAUUUACUUGAAAACAAAGAAAUUACGCGAGUUCGUUAUCUCCAGCAUCCCGAGUAGUAAUGCUCGAAACACAGAAGAUGUCGAAUUUGAAGAUGCAGAGGUCGAUACCGGACUUGAGGAUGCAGAGCAUUAUCGGAAUCCGACAUCAGGCAACAACAUUACCUUAGACGAUCAGACUACUGAAAGAUUGUAUAUCCCAGAGGUAGCUUCAUCAUGUGUUCCUGUUAUUGGAAUGGAGUUCUCUUCCAUAGAACAAGCAUAUGUUUUUUAUCAGACAUAUGCCAAGAAGGCAGGGUUCUCCGCUCGAAAAGGAGGUGAACAUCAUGUUGGUGGUAUUAUUAGGUCUAAGUAUUUUGUGUGUUCAAAAGAGGGGCAUAAACCACAGGCAUUUGAUGAUAAUUAUUCGAAGUUGUCUAAGCCAUAUAAACGUAGGAACAGACCGAGUAUUCGAACCGGCUGUAAAGCACAAAUUAAGCUUUGUUCGACGGAUGGGGUGUUGUUUAAGGUUGAUAAGUUUGUUCAAUCACAUAAUCAUUCAUUCGUGUGCCCCAAAGAUAUGCACUUAUUACCAGCUUAUAGACAUCUGUCUGAGACACAAGAAGAGAUGAUAUGGGAGCUUGGUACAUUGAAUCUUGGGCCAGUGAAAGCCUUUAAUAUAAUGAGAAAAAGAUACGGCGGGUUUGAAAAUGUAGGCGCAACUAAAGACGAUUGCAAGAAUUUUAGAGCUAGGAUACAUAGCUACAUCGGACAGUAUGAUGCAGAUAUGGUUAUCAAUAGGCUGACCGAUAAAAAGAAGUUUAUGGUUGAUUAUUCAUUCUUUCAUUCGGUCGAUGAAAACAAACGAUUAACCGGCCUGUUUUGGGCCGAUGGCUUGUGCAAACGUAACUAUGCUGAGUUUGGAGAUGUCAUAUCGUUUGAUGCUACAUUUAAAACCAACAAGUAUAAAAUGGUUUUUGUACCUUUUACUGGUAUUGAUAAUCAUUGUCGAAAUGUGACACUUGGAGCCGGGUUGUUAGCAUCCGAAAGCAUUGAAUCAUACAAGUGGCUUUUACAAUCAUUUUUGAACUCAUUCGGUAAGCAGCCGAAUGUGGUUGUCACUGAUCAGGAUCCCGCGAUGAAACAAGCCAUCGAAGCAGUGUUCGAUAAGAGUAGGCACAGAUUAUGUAUGUGGCACAUAAUGAAGAAACUUGCUGAUAAGGUUAGGUUCAAAUAG